UCUUCAUGAACUGUCAGCUUGCACCACAUAGGCUUUAACAACAAGGAAGUGACCGACUAGCCAGCAGACUGCUGUCAAGAUGGCACCGAGUGGUCUGAAAGCGGUAGUAGGAGAAAAAAUCUUGAAUGGAGUUAUCAAGAGUGUGAAGAAGGAUGGAGAGUGGAAGGUCCUUAUUGUGGACCACAUGAGCAUGCGAAUUCUGUCUUCUUGCUGCAAGAUGUCUGAUAUUUUGGCAGAGGGCGUGACCAUUGUGGAGGACAUCAAUAAACGCAGGGAACCCAUCUCUAGUUUGGAGGCUAUUUAUUUGAUCUCACCAGUGGAGAAGUCGAUUCAUGCCCUCAUCAACGACUUUAAAGAUACUGCCUUUACUUACAAAGCAGCGCACAUCUUUUUCACUGACACUUGUCCAGAUGGGCUGUUUGCUGAAAUUGGGAGAUCCAGAGUUGCCAAGGUCAUCAAAACUUUAAAAGAGAUCAAUGUGGCUUUCCUGCCAUAUGAGUCACAGGUCUUCUCCCUGGAUGACUCAACCUCCUUGUACUCCUUCUACAGUUCAAAGCCAACUGUGGACAGAGAUAAAAUGAUGGAAAACUUGGCAGAGCAGAUCGCAACCCUCUGUGACACACUGAAGGAGUACCCCGCAAUCCGUUACCGCAAGGGACCAGAGGAGAAUGCCAGACUGGCCAAUGAGGUCUACCAACGUCUUAAUGCUCACAAAGCUGACAACCCAAGCAUGGGAGAGGGUCCAGAUAAAGCACGAUCCCAACUACUGAUUGUUGAUCGUGGGUUUGAUCCAAUCUCGCCUAUUCUCCAUGAGUUGACAUUUCAGGCAAUGGCCUAUGACUUGCUAGAUAUCAAACAGGACAUCUAUAUAUAUCAGACAACAGGCAUUGGGGAUUCAAAAGAGAGAGAGGUGUUACUGGACGAAGAUGACGAGCUUUGGAUCCAGCUCAGGCAUAUGCACAUUGCAGAUGUCACCAAAAAGGUGACAGAGCUGCUUCGCACCUUUUGUGAGAGCAAGAGAAUGUGCACUGACAAUGCCAACCUUAAAGAUCUGUCUCAGAUGCUGAAGAAGAUGCCACAGUACCAGAAGGAGCUAAGUAUGUACUCGACUCAUUUGCACCUAGCUGAAGCUUGUAUGAAAAAAUUCAAGGCCUCUCUUGAUAAGCUUUGUGAAGUGGAACAGGACCUGGCAAUGGGUGCAAAUGCAGAGGGGGAACCUCUUAAAGAUGCCAUGAAGAGCAUUGUUCCUGUGCUCCUCAACAAUGAAAUUGAGGCUUAUGACAAAAUCCGCAUCAUACUGCUGUACAUAUUUCACAAGAAAAAAGGUAUUGGGGAAGAGAACCUUGCCAAGCUCAUUCAGCAUGCUAACAUACAAGAAGACAGCAAAAUCAUCACCAACCUGCAGAACCUUGGUUGCAACAUCAUUGCUGGGGGCCGCAAUGCUGGGAAAACACUGCCAGAGCGAAGGGAGCGCACUGAGAGCACCUACCAGCUCUCCAGAUGGACACCCACUAUCAAAGAUAUCAUGGAGAAUGCCAUAGAUGACAAACUAGACAGAAAGCAGUGGCCAUUCAUUGCUGAUCCUGCUCCCAUCAGUACUACUCAGACUGCAGUCAGCAGUGCACGAUUUGGGCAUUGGCAUAAAAAUAAAACCCCAUCAGAAUAUCGUUCUGGUCCUCGUCUCAUCAUUUUUGUGAUUGGCGGGGUGUCACAUUCAGAGAUGCGCUCUGCUUAUGAAGUCACUCGAGCCACUGAUGGCAAAUGGGAAGUACUGAUUGGGUCAUCUCACAUCCUGACUCCAACCGUCUUCCUUAAUGACUUGAAAAGUCUGGACCAAGUUCCUAAUCCUGAUUGUUAGACUGUCAAACCCAGAGCACAUUUAAAUGAGGGUUUAGUCUUUCUUUGAAAUGAGUGGUCGCUGGUGUUUUGUUGCAGCAUUUCUGAAGAAAUCUAAAGAGAAACAUGAAGUGAUAUUUGAGAUAUAUUCGUGGAAGGAGUAAUAUGUAAUGCUUUAUUUUAUUAGUUAUUUUUACUGUUUUGAAAUCGGUUCUGUAUAAUUCUUUGAUUGAUAUUAAAAUAUUUAAUUUGAAUGUAGACGUAUUUGAUUGGUGAUUGUACUAUUUUGAUUCUUAUUUUUGCUACAUCUUUGAUUUCCUUAUGUACUUAAAAUACUGUAUCAUUCCCACAAAACUCAAAUCAUCUCUCACCAAAACUUACUGAAGUCUGCUGUAAUUGUACAUGUUAAUAUUAGUGUACCACAUGUUUCAUAAUAUAUAAACUGUAGGAUGCAUUUUCCUUAGGCACCUUCUUCAUUUCAUCUGGGAGGAAAUGUCUUGACUACUGUAUGAAAUCUUGCACAUUUACUAAAUAUGUUAAUAUAUUGCUGGGAGCUACUGUAAGGGGUGUUUGGUUGUAAACUGUUGAAAAUGCGUAAUAAAAAACAUAAUAUUCACUCUAAA